AUGCAUCUUUUUCCCAUUAUCAUCUUUUUGCUCGCUAGCGCCGAAGGGGUUCUUGGUGGCAGUAGGUUUUGGGAGGCCAAAGCACCCAACAAACGUACAAACCCUCGCCCUGACUACUCAGCCAUCGAAACCAUCAACGCGACUUCGUCGCUCAGCAAGCGCGCUUUUUCCAUCGAGAGCCGGCCAGGUCAAGCAGAAUUACCCCGCAUCUGGCCAAAAAAGACGAUCAGAUACUGCUUCGAAAACUCGCAGGGUCACGAUAAGCUCGAGGGCCUCUUCAGGUCGGCCAUUGAACUGUGGGCUCAGCUCAAUAGACAUGGCUUCAAGUACGAGGAAGUCUCAGAUGCAGAAUGCAAGUCUGAAGACAAGCGCGACUCAGUGUUGCACAUCCAUUACAACGACUACGGCAGGUUUUCCACGACGCUGGGCAUUCCCGUGGUCGACGCACAGGAGAUCGUGGACAACCCCACGACAGCCGUCCGUGGGCCAACCAUGCACCUUUCUGACAAGGAAGGUGUCGGUCAAGAAAACACCCCCGCCAAUAUCGCCCAUGAGUUAGGUCACGCCUGGGGCCUUGCUCACGAGCACCAAAAUCCGUAUUACUGGGAACAGAGCAGCAUCACUGGGCCCUCUUGGAGCGUUCCAAUGACCGGGAAAAAGUACUUCGAGACCGACGACUUCAAUUGUGGAAACCUAGAAGACCAUUAUAAGAUCCACAAAUCAGUACAGGUCCUGAUUGAUACGGAAGUGGACGCCAGAAAGCGAGAUAUCUUGCAGGGAGAGUACAACAACCUUUGUGUCUUGCGCGGCGUUGCCAGCAAAUACGGUUUCAGUGCUGCUGAUUGGCUUCCCAUUAGCAACACUGCGAACAUGGUUAUAGACGCGCAGUUUGACCCAGAUUCGAUCAUGUUGUAUCCUUCUCAAGCUGGUGGCGGCGAUAAUGGCGCGAACCGACGUAUCAUCAUGAAAUACAAAAAAGACUCCAUGCCGAACCAAAUCAUCCCGAUUCGUCACCGCCCAAGCAACAUGGAUGUCGACCGGCUAGUCGCGCUCUACGGCGAUCCCACGCCUUCCACCCUGGAGGUGCCGCACAAUUCAGGUUCAAGCGGCUUUCAUGGCAGACUCGGGAAGGCGAGGAGCAGUAAAGAAUUUUCUCGCGCCGGGGACACCAAAGAUGGUGCAUGCUGA